AUUGUAAACUUGAGAGGCCUACUACCGUACUACAAUCAGACCAAAGAUGUCACAUCUUCCUCUUUUAUACAGGGGAAUCGGUACCAAAAUGCAAAAGAUGCUUUUUAAAUUCGUAAAUGCUAGAAGAACGGUGUCGAAGUUUCCACAGUUGAACAAAAUCCACCGACUAAUCAAACCUUCAAAACCACCCGAAGCUUCUGGAACUGACUCAACAAGUCCAACAAGGCAACAACACCCCCAUUACCUCUAACUCCUCUGUCUUAUAAACCAAAACCAAACCCCAUCCAAAUCAAUCCGUACAUUUCAUCUUCGUUUUCUCAACAGCAUUCCAGUUUGGUUCAGACAUUUUCACAAACACCUGGGCGAUGGCUGAAGACGGCGCGGUCACGCUCUACAACAGCAGCGCCAUAACCGACGCCAAGAAGAACCCCUUCUCCAUCAAGGUCGGAAUGGCCCAAAUGCUCCGCGGCGGCGCCAUUCUCGAGGUCACCAAUGUCGACCAGGCCAAGCUCGCCGAGGAAGCCGGAGCUUGCGCGAUCCUCGUAUCGGAGCCAGCUAAUCGCCGUCGCGGAGGCAUUUCGCGCAUGUCCGACCCCUCCCUCAUCAAGGAGAUCAAGCGGUCGGUCUCCAUCCCCGUGGUGGCGAGAUCCAGGGUCGGGCACUUCGUCGAAGCGCAGAUUCUGGAAGCCAUUAACGUCGAUUACAUCGACGAGAGCGAGGCUCUGGCCUUGGCCGACGAGGAGAAUUUCAUCAACAAGCACAACUUCCGAGCUCCAUUCAUCUGCGGGUGUCGGAAUUUGGGAGAGGCUUUGACGAGGGUGAGGGAAGGUGCGGCGAUGGUGAGGACUCAGGGGGAUUUGUCGGGCUCCGGGAACGUCGCCGAGACCGUGAAGAGCGUGAGGUCGGUGAUGGGAGAAAUUAGGGUUCUUAACAACAUGGACGAAGACGAGGUGUUCGCGUUCUCGAAGAAGAUAUCGGCGCCGUACGAUCUGGUGGCGCAGACGAAACAGAUGGGAAGGCUUCCCGUCGUGCAAUUCGCCGGCGGCGGGAUCGUGACGCCGGCGGACGCGGCGCUGAUGAUGCAGCUGGGCUGCGAUGGGGUUUUCGUCGGCUCCGAGACUUUCAACUCUCCUGAUCCGUACAAGCGCGUCAGGGGAAUUGUGCAGGCUGUUAGGCAUUACAAUGAUCCGCAUGUGCUUGUGGAGACGAGCUGCGGGUUGGCCGACGCCAUGGCCGGUCUCAGCCUCAGUGAGGAUAGGAUCGAACAUUUUGGGCAUGGAGGUGACUGAAACCCCUUCACCUCAUCUUGUUUGUUGUUGAGCAAAUCGGCAAUUUUUUUUUUUGGGGGGGGGGCACUUAUACAUUACUGUUGUCGUAAGUUUCCUUGCAAAUUUGCAAUCUGAUGAAAAAAAAAAAAAAAAAGACCUACUUUUCUUUUCUGUUGCUUUGAGACUUGCGUCAGAUUGUGUUGAGAGAUUAUAUAAAUAAGCAAGAAUAAUGUUUCAGGUUG